CCUACCACUUUAGGUACCCCCUACCCCUUUAAAUUGUCUUCCGCCCCCCCACACAGUAACUCCGCUUCUGUUCCGCCAUGCUCGCUGCUACCGUACGCUCCGCCGCCGCUCGCUCUUCCCCUGCCCUCAGGAGAUCCUUCGCUGCUCUUCCCAACACCCAGGGAAGCUGGGCUGCUCGCUGGGCCAAGCCUGAUGCCCUUCCUCUUGUCGCCCUGGUCUCGUUUGUCUCUGCAUUCGGUACCUGGAAGCUUUACGAUCUUGGAAUCCGCCAGCAGGGUCCGGAGACUGGAAGGAACGUCUACUGGCAGCGCAAGAACGUCGACAUCUCUGUUGCCAGCCAGUAUGCCUCCAAGUACCCUGGCACUGAGAACCACGUCCACCCUGGAGUGCAGAAGUAAAUCAAGGAGAUUUGUCGAUGGUUGCAGUGUGGUUGUUGCGAGUUAAUUCAUAUUGGAACGCUCGAGCUUUCUUGAUGGAAAGGUGUAUCGAUAGGGAAGAUUGCUUCCAUGAAACGGAAAAAAACAAUGCACGAAGAAAAAGAAAAAAAAGGGAUGAGGAUGUUGGAUUGGUUGUUUGAUUAGCAAAACAAGUGUAUUUCUUUCAAUGAACUUGUAAAGCAAAGUAUGCGAG